AUGAAGGGACAGGACCCCUCUUCUGUGUCCGCGAGUCUCCUGGGGGCCCCAGGCUCCUCACGUUCAGGAGGAGCCAAAGGGGUGUUGACAUCCCAUGGGGCCUUUCUUGGCAUGGCAGUGACUGCAGCAGUCAUAGAAGUCGGUCUGGACCCUCCAAUAAAGGGGCUUGACCCUUUGGUGUCUGAGGUUUGCGGGAGACCGCUUGCUCGAGUGCCAAUUGUUCGCAUUUAUGGGCCUUGGGGACCCGGAGGCCCCCACUGCUGUCUGCACUUGCAUGGAUUGUUCCCGUAUUUCUAUGUCCCUGCCCCUCCAGAGGCCUACGGAGAUGGGGCCUCCGCCUUUUUGCGUUGUUUCUCCCGCCGUUUGGUGCUGGAGGCGGACCGCCUUAUGGCCGCUAAGGCUCGUGGAUCUCAAAAGGGUUCUCGGCCAGCGGGAACCCGAGCUAGCAGAGAUGGGUUUAAUGACAUUUCUCUGCAGCGGGAGGCGAGGGCCGUGAGAGGAGAUGAACGGCCCAAAGGGGGCCCUCUGGUGCAGAAAAUAGAGGUUGUGAGGCGUUUGCCCUUCUACGGAUACCACAGAGACUUCCACUUCUUCUUAAAGAUAUCCUUAACGGUACCCGACAUGGUGGGCCCCAUGGCUGCUCUUUUGUUGAAGGGUGCUGUAACAGGCUCUCCCCUGCAACCCUUUGAGGUACACCUCAGUUUUCAGACCCAAGUGUUUGCGGACCUCCACUUGAAAGGGAUGGCUCCCGUGUUUGUUGACAAGCCCUUUUUCAGGCUUCCUGUCGUUCUUCACCCUCUGGCUGCAGCAGGAGUUCAGGAAGGUGUCCAAGGAAGCCGUCUCUCCACAGACGGGACACCAGGAUUCUUGAAGGACGAGAACCGGAUGGCCUUGAGCCCAGAGUUUGAAAUGCUUGGUGUAGGGGCUCCCAGGGCCUUCGCUGCGCUUGGGUGGGGAAGGCUCUUGCAGCAGAUGUGCCGACUGCAGAAAUCGUGUUUGGCUCCAGAAAUAAGUGCGGUGCCUGGUGCUGCAACAGCGAAAGAAAGAGAUGAAUCUACUAAAAGGACCAGUAACAGCAGCAGUACUGUGGUACGGCUAUGUGACCUUAUAAUGAAGGCCACUCCACCAAGGGGCCCGCAGGGUCUUCGGGUGCUGAGUGUCCCCCGCCGCAGCAAGUGCGUAUUAGAGGUAGACGCAAGGGUGGAACAGGUCCUGAACCCGAUAGCAGCCGCGGAGGUGGCAGAAAUGGAAACAGCUGCAGUACCAAUAGCGCAAAACCAUCUGGGGCAGCACACACACCAAAGGACUUCACCCGUGCAGAACGAGCAGAGGCAGCAAGCUUGCUCACUGAACCCACCCACCUGCAGCAGCAACAUGCAUAGCAGCGGUCUGGGCAGCAACAACAAUGGCGAAGCUUUUGCUGCCCGGCUUGUGGGCAGUGUCGCGGAAUAUUGGAGAGAAGAGGCGGCUAGAGCAGCUGCCCUUGGUUUUCCACCUCCUUCAGCUUCGGGCUUGGGGUCCCAGGGGGGCCUCCGAGACUCCUGCGUGGACGGUACUCCUGAAUUGUGGAGGAAUGCCCUUCACAACACUCUGAAGCGCAUUGAUGCGUGGAGGCAGCAACAGAAGCAGGAGCUAGGGCAGAAGUCAGUGCAUCAGCGGCUCCCCAUGAAGCAGACCACCAGCAGUACUAUACUGUCGCAACCGAAGCAGCAGCAACAGCAACAACAACAGCAGGUUGGCGUAGAGGUUAUUCCCUCUUCUUUAUCUUCGAAUUGGGAGGCUUCGCAACCGUCCGUUGCCUCUGAUCCCGAGGCAGAAGGGGAGUCCUACACCCCGGGGUCUGCAGAUGCAGCCCAGUGUACUUUCUUGGAUGCGCCCCUUCAGCCACUAGAGCCCAAGGAGCAUGAUGCCUUCAUGAUGCCACAGCGUCGCCAGGGGCGCUCUCUGGGGCUCUGCAGCAGCCAGGCACAUGAAGGGGCCCCAUGCCUUCUCAGCCAGGGGCGGCCGCCGUCGCAGAAGGCCUCUGUCGGGCUACAGCCAGACGUGAAAGUCCCACUUCCUUCACCGGACGACUUACAUGAUCUUGCAGAUCUCGGGGACGAGGCAUUUGCGGCGUUGUUGACUUCCCAGAGGGCGGAGGGUCCUUUCUCAGAAACAGGGCAGCCGGAACGCUUAAGGGGACCCCAAAGAAUUAUCCCUGUCACUGGAGAGUUGGAGGCUCUGUCUGAAGGCAGCAAUGCGGACUGCAGCAGCCUUAGCGAUAGCAGCUCGCCAAGACGGCCCUCCCGUCCCCGAAAAUCCCAGCAGAUUCAACGAAGAGCUUCAGAACAAGGUCCCAGAAUAUCGGUACAGUGUAACAGCGGAAGGCUUGAACAGGCAACAGCCAACAGCAGCCACACCAAGCGAGGCAACAACGGCUGCAGUUGCUGCUGCAGCUCUGCCCACACUAGCGAACGAAAGCGCUGCUCAUCGGAUAUGGAAGACCUAUUGCUAGCAUGCGAGGCAAGAUCGGCAGCUCAAGAUACUUGGUGUUCGCAAUACUCCCAAUGGAGGAGGUCAUCGACCAGCAACUACGUGCGCGCUCAUGCUUUUGAGGCAACCCCAAGAGAUGUGCCAAACGCCGGUGAAAUCGAGGCUUCCUGCCCUCGAGGUGCCUUCGGUGGAUUUCAACGGGCUCACAUGACAGCGGCGACAGCACCAGCAACACUAGAAACAACCACAGGAGCUUUUCGCAGGGUGUCGGCAGCAGAAGCGACAAUAGCGGCCGUUUCAGCACCGAAUAAAUCCGACGAAGCAUGCAGCAGCUCGUCAUACACCCCAACUGUGAAGCUUGACCCCCGCUCCUCUUGCGACGACCUGUCUCCGACUCAGCCGAUCAAUGCAUCUAAGUUGAGGUCCCUCUGGGCUUCCGGGCUCUGUAGUGAUUCCCCAAAAGCAACAGCAGCAGCAGCAACAGCAACAGCAUCACUUCCAGGAGCGGAAGACGCUUCCGCGGAUACCGACCCAAUGGGCAACAUACGCAGCAGAACCAGAGCGGUGCCUCCAGGGUCGUUUGGAAGAAACAGAGAGUUGAGGCCUUCAGCUCCAUCUGAAUCCGGUGUAUCCGUCAUAUCUGUACCACCUACGCCAGCUGCCAUGGGAACACAUACAGAUGAGCCAGGCGCUGCUACCGUUGGUGCUGCAACAUCUGGUACACCACAGCUGGAGGAGGAGAUCACUCCAUUCUACAGCAAUCCACGCGAUGUCCCAGCUGCAGUUAAUCCUUUUGCGGCCACACCAGGGGGCCGCAUGCUCCAGCAGCAGCGAGGGUUGACUCCGCCGCCGUGCGCAUGUAAUAAGGCAACAGCAGAAACGGUAGCAGGAGGUAGCCCGAAAACUUCCGAACGAGUGGAAUUUCAGUCAGAGCUGUUGCGAUUCCUCCACAGGCAGCAGCAGCUGCGGCAGCUAGCUGGGAAGCCGCAUCCGCAGCAGCACCUGCGGGGCCAGCAGGAGGGUGGCAGCAAACGCUGCUUCGUAUAUUUUCGCCCCCCACCAGACGACGCUCAAGUGUUCGGGAGCUGCCCUAUAAAGGUCAGACGAGCGUGGCAGCAAAGGAUCACGCAGUGCGAACUUCAGCAACAACAGCUAGAGCCAAAGCAAACGUGCCAGCAGCACCUACCAAAGGACCACGGGCGGGGGCCCCACUUGGAGCAUUCAUAUAGUCUGCCUCCAUCCGACAAGGAGAGACCACCGCAACGGCAGCAGGAAAUGCAAGACCAAAAGCUACAUCAGGCGCAACAUCUGGGGGCGACAACGUGCGGGGAAAUGUUGCAUCAGCUGUUGAAGGAGGGGGUAGGCCAGAAGCCACAAGAGACCGAAGCAAGUGAAGCAAAGACCCCUUUCCCACGAGCAGCUUUUGACAUUAGCAACAGCAAUAGCAGCAGCAGUCGAAGUAGAAGAAAAGUGCGCAUGGCAACCCGUCUCGACAACAGCGGCAGGAUUGUCAGCUACGUGGAUCCGCGACCGAUCCAACAGCAGCAGGAAGUGGCGUUUGCUGCUGCCACAUCUCAAAGCAGCAGCAGCGGAAGUUCUAGCCAGGAAGAGCAGAGUUCUCAAGUAAGCAUUGCUUCAGAUGUACUGAAAGCUAAAAGGUGCCUAUGCAACCACAGCGACGAGGGAACGAAGGUCACAGGUCACCAAGGGGCCCUUUCAGGGGCCCAGACAGCAACCUAUGGUUCGCUGCUUGCGCUGGAGAUCAUCACAGAAUGUCCAACUACGGCGGCGACGGAAGCAGCAGCAGCAGCAGCUACACCAAACCCGUGGACCUGCGCUGUAUUGGCUAUUUGCUUUGUUCUUAGAGAUGAAAGGCUGCAACGCUGCGCGUCGCGACUGCAGCAGCAGCAACAGCACCAACAGGAACUGUUGUACUCUGAUGUUAGUGGCGUAAUCAUAUGCGACCCCGUGGCAGCUUCCAGGAGUUGUUGUUGGCGUCCUCCAUUCGCUCUUGGGGUCCGGCAGAAGGUCUCUGGGAGCAGCGAUUUCGCGAGUAUCGACAGCUGUUUUGACAGGGACUGGUGGCGAUGCGUGAAGGAAGAGCUAGGCAAGGCAAGCAACGGCAAGAUUCCUCAGCAGAACCUAGCAUCGGAUGUAGGCGACUCACUCCGUGCGGCUUUUGUGCGUAGGGCAGAUGACAUCUCUUCUAUCCCAGUCAGCUCGGCGGCUCCCAGAUCGGUAGUUUCUGGGCCUGUAAGGGCUUCAUGGGUUCUGGGAACGGCUGGACGCCCCGGGGCCGCUGGGGCAACGAAGCCAGUUGGCGGGAGGCCUGAGGUCCGGCGGAGGAGACGGUGGGUGCGAGGGAGCACUGCAGUGUCUGGCCGCCUUGUGCUUGAGGGCUGGCGUCUGCUGCAGAAGGAAAUGAAGCUUCAGCACUCCGACCUAAACGGCGUUGCAGCGGAUGUCUUGGGGAUUAUUACCCCAUCAAUUCCCUUGGCCAUCACUGCAGCCAUAUGGCAACAGGCGCAGCAGACGCGAAGAAGAAAACUGCUGCAACAGCAUCAGCGGCAAUCACAACAGGAGGAAGAUUUGGGGGCUCUGCAGUCAGUGGCUAAUCUUGUGUCACACGUCAUGAAUAGAGUCCGGCUAUGUCUCCGUCUCGUGGACACCAGCGAAGUGCUGCCCCGUACAUGCGAACUCGCGAGGCUUUACGGGUGCUCUCUGCACUCUGCGCUGACACGCGGCAGUCAAUUCAAGGUCACGGAACAGCCAGCCACUGUGGGAGUGCCUUUGGUUCUUGAGCCUCUCUCUGGGUUUUACUUCUCACCUGUUUUGGUGCUGGACUUUCUGUCGCUUUACCCCUCCAUCGUAAUUGCCAACAACAUUUGUUAUUCAACCUGUCUAGGGUCUGUCGAGGUGGACCCUUUAGAGUCCGAGAUGAAGACGUUGGGUGUCUUGACGGUCCACGCACCUCCUGAGAUCUUUGCACAUGUUAUGCAAGCGCAUGCAGACGCCACUGCUGCAGGACCGUCCUCCUGGCCCAGUCCGGGGGUUCCUGGAGACGAUCCUAUGAGGGUACUGCCAGGAGGCUGCAUCUUCGUUUCGCGCCGCGUUCGUCAGGGUAUAUUGCCGACACUCCUAAACGACAUCUUGCAGACGCGUAUCAUGGUGAAACAGGCACUAAAGCGAUACCAAGGUGGUGGGAUCGCGGACCAGACACUCUUGAGGAAAUUGGAAUAUCGCCAGUUUGGUCUGAAAAUGAUUGCUAACGUCACAUACGGAUACACAAAUGCAAACGUGAGCGGUCGAAUGCCCUGCGCAGAUGUGGCGGAUGCGAUCGUUGAAACAGCACGGGCAACUUUGAUCCGAGCCAUGCAACUUAUCGAACAAACCCAAAAAUGGGGCGCUCGCGUGUUGUACGGGGACACUGACUCGAUUUUCGUGCUAUUAAAGGGUCGGUCGCUGGAAGCUGCAUUUACCAUUGGCCAGGAGAUCGCAGAAGCCGUGACGAGGAGCAACCCCGCCCCUAUUACUCUGCAACUCGAAAAGGGCAUAGAGACCAUCCGCAGAGACCAGUGCCCCCUGACAUCGGCCCUCUUAGAGAAAAGUUUGCGUAUCUUCUUCCAAACGAGGGACCUUUCCAAGGUCAAGGAGCUGGUGUGUCCUGCUGCUGCCACCUCAAGGGGUUUCUUGCGUUUAGAGCUGAAGCCAUCCCUUACUCUAGUUCAAUCUGCAAGUUUGAUGUUGAUAUACUAUACAGAGAGUGGAGCAAAAUGUUACGAGGCCAGAUACCGAUCCGACAUUACAUUUUUCAUAGGAGGGCCAAACUUGACUGGUACAUGUGCCGCGGAACAUGCCUCAGGCACAUAUCGUGCGGAGGCGGGGGAGGCCCCUGCUGGGACCCUUCCUCCACAAGCCAAAGUGUUGUAUGAGCGGCUGCAUCACCAAGGGCAGGAAGGAGGAGCAGCUGCAGCUGCUGAUUGUUACGGCAUGCGCGUUCCCUUCGUUUUUUCCCAAGUAGCGGGGGACACUGACGUGCCGCUAGGGGCAGCAAGCACUGGGCCCAAGGGUGGCACAGCAAGGCUUAUCGAUUGUGCCACGUCCCCUGAAAAUGUCUGGGGGGGGCGGCGGGAUCCCACGGAGAUGCAAGCGCUGCUGAAUGGGCGGGUGCAUGCCUCCGUACGGCACUUUGCUCUGUUACAGCGUUCAGAAGAGGGCUUGCUGCAGCAAGAGCAGCAACAGCAACUCCAAGAACAGCAUCCUGUGGUGCAGCUUCAUUACCGCUACUAUAUCACCAAGCAAAUUAUUCCAGCAAUUGACAGGCUCUUUUCCCUGUUGCCUCCUCCAGGGUGUGCAGAUCUGCUGCAAUGGUUCAGAGAUAUGCCCAAGCCUGCGCAGCCGCUCGCGGCAGCGAUGGCUUGUCGUUCACCGCUGAAUCGUCAGCAGCAGCAGAAGCUGCUGCUGAGACAACAGCAGCAGUCGUUGCUGCACCAGCUUGGCAUAAGGUCACUGACGGCGAGCGGCUCGGCAAGGGAACGGCUGGUGCUGCAGAGCUUUUUCGCAGGUGCUUCGUGUCUGUUCUGUGGGAGCAGGUGUAGAGAGUUGGGACCCCUUCAUUUGUCCUCCUCUCCUCAGAAAGUUCUCAGGCUCACACAAGCAAACAAACGAAAGAAAGCAAUACGCGCCAGCGCAGAAGAAGCGGAGGAGGCAGCUGUCCGCAGGAAUCUGGUGCAGCAGCUGCUGCAUAGCGAGUUCAGCAGUCCAAGCAGCAGCAGCUGCAGCUGCAGCAAUGCAGAAAAGCGACCUAUCUCGGAAGGGCUACUUCAGAGGAGGAAGCGAAAGGGAGCGAGUACAGAUAUGAAGAAGAGAGUUGUCUUAGUGCCGCCUCCUGUCUGCAAGGAGUGUAGCAGCAAUCCGGCGCUCGUUUGCCUCCGUCUCAGCCAGCGGCUCAACAAAAUCGAACGCAGGCUGGCGGCAGCAGCAGACCUAUGCAGGCACUGUGCAAGUGAGCUGCGCACUACAGAUGGGAGAGGCCCGCCCCUGCACAUCCUACCCUUCGGCAGCUAA